GUGGGAAAGAAAAGGAGAAGACCAUUUAAUUUACCGUUGCAGGCCAGCGUUUCACUUCCCAAGCAGACAAGGCAAGUGGAGGGACACUAAGUUUAGGGGAGUGGAGUCUGCGUCUGCCUAGAAAGCUUUACACGUACAGUUCACGAUGGCGACGAAACGCGCAGAGGAGGGCACCCCGACCGAAGAGUUGCCGAGUGGCAAGAAAAAGAAAACUGUUAGGGUGUGGAUGGAUGGAUGUUUUGACAUGGUUCAUUUUGGGCAUGCAAAUGCAUUGAGACAGGGGAAACAGUUUGGUGAUGAGCUGAUUGUUGGAGUUCAUUCAGAUGAAGAGAUUUCUAAACACAAGGGACCACCAGUUUUUAAUGAGCAGGAGCGUUACAAGAUGGUACGAGCCAUCAAAUGGGUGGAUCAGAUUGUGGAGAAUGCUCCAUACGUCACAGCACUGGAAACCCUUGAAGAAUAUGACUGUGACUUUUGUGUGCACGGAGAUGACAUAACAACAACAGCUGAUGGUCAAGAUACUUACCAUUUGGUGAAAGCAGCAGGGAAGUACAGAGAGUGUAAAAGGACAGAGGGAAUCUCAACAACAGACCUGGUUGGAAGGAUGCUACUUGUGACCAAGUCGCAUCACCAGCAGGACAAAGCUGCCAUUGAUGAAACAUCUGUUGGCAACAUCAGCAAGGGACCAUCUGCCAGGAGUCCUUGGACAGGUGUGUCCCAGUUCUUGACCACAACAAAGAAAAUCAUCCAGUUUGCAGAAGGAAAAGAGCCCAAACCUGGAGACAGAAUUGUUUAUGUUGCUGGGGCAUUUGAUCUCUUUCAUGUUGGUCAUCUGGACUUUCUUGAGAAAGCAUCCGAAGAAGGUGACUUUGUUAUUGUGGGACUGCAUACAGAUCCUAUUGUGAACAGAUACAAGGGAGCAAACUACCCUAUCAUGAAUCUGCAUGAGCGGGUUUUGAGUGUGCUUGCAUGUAGACAUGUAUCAGAGGUGGUGAUAGGGGCACCAUAUGAAGUCACUGGCGACCUGAUGGAUCAUUUCAAGGUUGAUGUGGUUUGUCAUGGUAAGACCAUCAUGCCCUGUGAAGAUGGGUCUGACCCAUAUGCUGAGCCAAAGAAGCGAGGCAAAUUCAAAAUCAUUAAUAGCAACAACUCUCUCACUACAGAGAUGAUCAUUGAGCGCAUUAUCAAAAACAGACUGGAAUUUGAGGCAAGAAACAAGAAGAAAGAGGAGAAAGAACUCAAGAUACUGGAAUACUUAAAAGGCUCUCAGAACAAAACUGGCUAACCUCAAAAUCCAUCUCAGCUCUGCAGACUGUUGAUGUAGCUUCCUUCAGGAGAAUAUCUUCUGAAACUGAUCUAGUUUCCAGAACACCAAGUUACCAAAAACUCACAUGUUGAUGCUUGUCCCCUCAAACAUCAGAGACUGAUUUUUCCUUCUCCACAAAGAUGGUGCACAUGAAAGACCUGAGGAUUCAGUCUGUGUACAUUUUCAAAACCACAAUAUUGCACAAUAUUGCACCAUUUGUAUCAUUCCACUUUUUCCUCCUAAAGGUUUUUUGCUCAGUAGUCUUCAGAGAUGGAUUUGUGUGUUUCUUGCUUAUUUCAUGUCCUGGGCUUCAGCCAUUUAUUUAACUGCUGGUGGCUAACAGAAAUCUGACAAAUACUGUCAAAAGGGAAAGCUACAAAUUGCCUCCCUUGAGAUAUCUGUUGUGGCCAAGAUAUCGUUAUGAGUCCAUUGCCACUGACAUGGAGUAAUAAUUGUUGGCAUUGUCACCAGAUAUUGUGUAGCAUAGAUGGAACCAUUCAGAAUUGUUUUUAAAAGCUUGUCUGACCAGCCAAAGCUUUGCCUUGUGCCAUUUUUCAGUAUUUUAGGUAGCAGCCUUGGAACUAUAGCAUCCUUUAAAUUUAAUGUUGGAAACAGUAUAUUGCUCCCUUCCUUGCCACAAAUUUAUAGGGUCUCUGCAGUAUCUGAGACUUAAAACAAUGAAGGAGUCAGUACAGAUUGUAAUUCACAGUCACACCAUCUUCUGUGCAGCUUCCUGUAGCUCAUUCUGCCUCUCAAUGCUUUCUAUGUUCGCACCCGCAAAUGCAAACGUCUUUAUAGUUCUAUAGCUCAUUUGAGUUGAUACACCAAUAUUGAACGAGUUAAUUUAUAGUCGCAGCCUUUUUUAGCAGGUGGGCACUUUAUCUAAAUGUACUUAGCAUGCCUUAGUCACUGUGAUCAUGGUCUUUAUAUUCAUUACUAAUGCAGCAAUUACAAUGGGUGUUGUUUAUGGUACCUGUUAGCAUUACCAUGACUUCUUUUCUUGAUGCUACUUUGUUCCUCACAAGGGUAUGGAGAUCAUUCCUGGAAAAAUGUGUUCAAGAUGAGCUGCAUCAUUUGACAAACACAAACAUUGAGCAGCAAACUUCACUGAAGCAUAAUCCUAUAUCUCACACAAAAAUGGCAUGUAAUGCUAAUCAUAUAACAUGGUUAUUCAAAGAUGAAUUGAUUUAAAACCUAUGUUCAACUUGGCAUAAAACAAUCACUUUCAUUGCCUUGCAAAUUGUAUAAAUAACUUACAGUUGUGGUGUGUCCAUGGACACUGAAAUAGGAGACUUUCAAUAACAAUAGUUGGAAAAAAAAAUUACCAUUACAUUUUGACAUUUCUGGUGGCGUAAAAAUCUGGUUUAUGAUGCUUAUAUUUUGAGUAUAUAAGAGCAUCAUGAUUAUCAUAUUUCUAUAAUUUUGCAUAAUAUGGUAAUGCAUCACUAUUUUAUAUUUAAUAAGAUCAAAUAUUGUGGUAGGUUUUUCCAUGUUUGUAUCAUUGUGUGAGUAAUUUACACUAUCAAAACAUGAAGUUAACUCCUGUAUUUUUUGUAAAUGUGGAUUAUUUGCUUAUUUAUGUUUCCAGUGGGUAACAUUUGACUUAUUUAUGAGGGUUCAACAUCAUAUCAAGUCUGCGUGAAUGUUUUCCUUUUCAUCUACAACAUAUUUUGUCAUUAACAUAAGAGAAAAUUUGGGAUCAUGAUUGAGUGUGCAUGUAGGACUAUUGAGACAUUGGAGAUAUUUACUACUUGUUGCCACCUCUGGCAAGGGAUGUGUGAUAAGUCUAUUCAUCUCAAGUUGUGAUUAUCUUGAGAGAAACAAGAGUCCAUGUUGUCAUUAAAAUUCCUACUGUUAGUGAGGAUGCCACUUUAGCUUCAUUUGUAAUUCAGAAUUCUUAAAAGUAAAGACUGUUUUACAGCAUCA